CACAUAAUUCGCUACGUGCGAUAACGUCAAAACAUAACGUGCUCGCUGAUUGGGCCUGCCAUGACGGCGCCCAGCGGAAUCGGUCAGAAAUCUUGGGGUUCGAGAUCCUUGGUUCCUGGAGCCGGGUAGAUCCCAAAAAGCACUUAACCCGCUGUCCCGGCCGCCCGUGAAACUUGUUUCUUCCUCCCCUUCACUCCCCAGGCACCGCUCAUCCCAUCGAGUCCCCCGUCUCCACACACCCAAGAACCUUGGGCCCUUGGUCAAACUCAAUUCCUCCGCCGCCAUGAAGCUUGUCCAGUUCGCAUCCGCCGUCGCCCUGCUCGGGGCCGGCGUCAACGCCAGCGCCUGGUGGAACUACAAGACCGUGGCCGAGUAUGAGCCGAUGAGCGACUCCAUCGUAAAGCACGAGGGGACGCCCGUAGGCGAGGAAGUCAAGUACGAAGGCUUGACCCUUUACGUAACCAAGCCGAAAGGGAAGAAGGCUGACAAGGCCGUUCUCUACAUUACCGAUGUGUUUGGAAUCCAACUCGCGCAAAACAAGCUCCUCGCCGACUCGUUCGCCCGCGCGGGCUUCGUGACCGUGGCCCCGGACCUCUUCGACGGCGUCCCGGCCCCCGAGGACCUCAACAAGCCCGGGUUCAACAGCACCGCCUUCCUGGCCAAGUACAACGCCGGCGUCACGGACCCCAAGCUCGCCACCAGCAUCAAGUACCUCCGUGAGGUCCUCGGCGCCAAGGUUGUCGGCGGCACCGGCUACUGCUACGGCGGCCGCUACUCGUUCCGCUUCGCCGCCAAGGGCAAGGGCCUCGACGCCGCCUUCGCCGCCCACCCUAGCCUCCUGGAGGACGGCGAGAUCGUCGCCGCGACCAAGCCUGCCGGCAUCGCGGCUGCUGAAAACGACUCCCUGUUCAGCACCGAGCGCCGCCACGCCGCAGAGGGCCUCCUGCAGCAGGCCGAUAUUCCCUUCCAGGUCUCGCUCUACUCUGGCACCUCGCACGGCUUCGGCGUCCGCGCAAACGUGUCGGACCCCCAGCAGAAGUUCGCGAAGGAGGCCGCUUUCUUCCAGGCCGUCAGGUGGUUCAACGCCUGGAUGUAGACAUCAAGGCGCGUCAGUAGCUUGUAUAUCAAUCACUGCAGAAUGAGUUCCAGUUAGAUAUAAACUACGACGACAAUGUCCAUCCAAACUACUUCUUCUUCCGCAUUGAAAGAAGCUGUGAAGCAGCAAAAGACGAUUGGAAACCUGCAGUGUGCUCUCCCAGAUUGCCGACCAUAGUAAUUCCACCUGCCGCGCAUCCCAAAAUGCAGUCGGAGAUAUUCCGUGAAGAAAAUAGGAACGUUGGGAUUGCUGCC